AUGAGGCCUGCUUCUUCUUCAGAUAGAAUCAAUAUUGCUGCCAGUGCACGAAGACUGGAUGUCGAUAAUCGGAUUUCCCUCAGAUUCUAUUACCGAAUCGCUGACAAUAUUCUUCGCCAGGCUGACAUAUUUCGACUCGAGAAGAAUGUAAUAGAUCUUUACAUCAUGCUUUUAAGGUUCUCAAGCUUGGUUUCAGAGACGAUACCACGUCAUCGAGAGUAUGGUUCAUCUCCUCAGACUAAAAAAGUCUACUUGAAAAAGAAAUUAUUGGCUGCUGUUGAAGAGCUUGAAAAGUUGAAGCCAGCAGUGCAACAGAGGAUCAACGAAUUUAACCAUCGCCACACAUAUCAAUUAAAUGGCUGGUCCAAUAACCAUCAAAGUGAUGCAUCACAGUGGCCUCCUGUUAAAAAUGGAAUUAUGCCUAGCUAUGAUUUGACGAAGGCAGUGAGACCGAUAUUCCAGACAUCUGGUUUUUCAGGUCCUAGGACGCAGCAACUUUCCCUUGCCAGGCCAGUAGAAGAACAGUUCCAUAGAAUAUCCUUAAGCUUCCCACGCCCAAAGGAGGAAACUCUUUCAAGACAUUCUAUAUUUGGUCCAAACGGAUUGUAUGGAAACUGGCAGCCACCUAAAAGUGAUAAAAGAGUCCAAUAUCCGAUGAAUAUAGACCUAUCGCCAGUUGAAAUUCCACGCUUGCAGCAUUCUGUGGAAAGUUCACUUCCUGUGGAGAAAGAGUCUAGCAUUUCACAACUUGGUAGCUCAGAACCGUCAAUAGGAAAUGGAUUACCACAUAAGUCAGAUUCUAGGACUUCAGAGCCUCAAAGUUCAAGUGCAGAAUUGACUGUUAUCCAGAGUGAUGAAAGUCGGAACCGUAAAACAGUGGAACCGGUUGCCAUGAUUUCGUUUGAUACCCAAGACGUCCCCAUCCAUACAGAUAUUGUUAGACAACCUUCUCCCCCAGCUGUACUGGCAGAAGUACAAGAUUUGAUUCCAGUAACGUCUCCACAAGUUAUGGAGCCAGAUUGUAAAAUGGACAUUUCCGCACCUGAUCUUCGCUCAGAGUCUCCCCUUGAACUGCACAUUUCAACCAACAUGAUGGAAAGUUUCAUGAAGUUGGCUAAUAUUAAUACGGAUAAGAAUUUGGAAACUUGUGGUAUCCUUGCUGGCUCUCUUAAAAACAGGAAGUUUUAUAUUUCAGCCCUCAUCAUUCCGAAACAGGAAUCGACAACAGACUCUUGUCAGGCGACAAAUGAGGAGGAAAUUUUCGAAGUGCAGGAUAAAAGGUCCCUUUUUCCCCUUGGGUGGAUUCAUACACAUCCUACACAGUCUUGUUUCAUGUCAUCCAUCGAUGUCCACACCCAUUACUCUUAUCAGAUCAUGUUGCCAGAAUCUGUAGCUAUUGUCAUGGCACCACGAGAUGCUUCUAGGAAACAUGGCAUCUUUCGGCUGACAACUCCGGGAGGCAUGUCAGUAAUAAGGCAGUGUCAGCAAAGGGGAUUUCAUGCGCACGAUCCACCCGCCGACGGCGGACCAAUCUACAAAGCGUGUACAGACGUUUAUAUGAACCCUACCCUUAAAUUUGAUGUCAUUGAUCUACGGUAA